UCAGAAAAGACAAAUGUAAACACAUUUCAAAAAUUAAAACCCUAAAAUCAACAAAUCCGCAGCUUCUGAACUCCACUCGCCGGUAAAAGCAAAAGUUAGCCGGAAAACGCUGACGGAGUUGGUCUUCGGCUAUCAGAAACAACAAGAAAUCCAGAUUUCAUCUUCAGGUUAUUUGCAUUUCAGAGGAUAUAGUUGUAGCAGUUUGUGUUGUCACAUAGUGUAAGAAAUGUCUACGAACAUUUUUGAUGGUAGUGAUUCGGAAAAUGAUGAUAUUUCAAAAAUUGAGAUAAACCAGGAUUAUGCUCGGAGGUUUGAGCAUAACAAGAGGCGGGAGGAUCUCCAUCGUUUUGAAGAGUUAAAAAAGAAGGGUGUUAUUGGUUCGGAAGAUGAUGAAUCGGAGUCGGGAUCAUCUGAUGAUGAUUAUGAGAAAAGUUUUGAUUCUAGGAGUGAUAAGAAGUUCUUUGAAGCGUUGAUUAAGGUGAAGAAGAAGGAUCCUGUUCUUAAGGAAAAGGAUGUUAAGCUUUUUGAAUCUGAUCAUAGUAGUGAAGACAACAGUGAGGAUGAGAAGAGUGAAUUAAAAGAUAAGGGGAAAAAGAAAAUGUAUUUGAAGGAUGUGAUGGCAAAGCAUUUGAUUGAGGAGGGGGCAGAUUUUGGUGAUGAAGAGGAAGAGAAAGGUAUACCAAAGAGUAGUAAAGGUAAAAAGGCGAUGUCUUUGAAUCAGGAGGAGAUGGGUUUUGUGAAUAGGGAUGGGAAGAAGAGUUAUGUUGAUGAGCAAGAGGAGUUGAAAAGGGCUUUUCAUGAAGCAGUAGAAAAGGAUGGUUUAGAAGACGGGGAAUGGGAUUUGAAGGAGAAGGAAGGUGAAGUCCAAGUAGAGAGUGAAGACAAGGAACUUGAUGAGAAACUGGAUGAAUAUUUCGGUAGAGAUGCAGAAGCGAAUGAAAAUUCUAAAUUUCUAAGAGACUAUUUCAAGAACAAAAUGUGGAUAGACAAGAAUGUGGAGAAUUUGAAUGUCGGAGAGGAAGAUUUUCAAGAAAUUUCAGAGGAUGAGAUAGAAAUUGAGAGGCAGGAAGAGUAUGAGCAUAGAUUUCAGGAAAAUCCGGGAGAUAGAGUGUUGGGUCAUGCUCGUAAGGUGGAGGGGUCAGUGAGGAAAAAGACAAAUACAAGGAAAGAGCAGAGAAAGAGCAAAGAGGAGAGAAUGGCAAUAGCACAAAAGGAAAGGGAGGAGGAGUUGAAACAUUUAAAAAAUGUCAAGAAGCAGGAGAUACGGGAGAAGGUUAAAAAGAUCAUGAAAACUGCAGGAAUUGAUGAUGAAGAUGUUAUCCCUCUGUCUGCUGCAGAAUUAGAAGAGGAGUUUGACCCAGAGGAGUAUGAUAGAAUGAUGAAGAAAGCAUUUGAUGAUAAGUAUUAUAAUGCUGAGGAUGCUGACCCUGAAUUUUGUAGCGAGGACGAAGAAGACACGGAGAAGCCGGAUUUUGAAAAAGAGGAUGAAUUACUUGGACUUCCUAAAGGCUGGGAUGAACCUGGAUCUGAUGGCGGGUUUUUGGCUGCAAGAGAAAAAGCAUUGAAAGAAAAGACUGAGAUUACUAGUGAUGAUGAUGUCGUUGAAAGUGAAAAUGAAAAAGAGGAAAUUCCCGACGAAGGUAGUAGUCGGAAGAGGAAGCGUAAAACAGCACUUUUGGAGAAAGCUAGACAGGCAAUGAUGGAUGAGUACUAUAAACUAGAUUACGAGGACACAAUUGGGGACCUGAAAACAAGAUUCAAGUACGCUAAAACAAAGCCCAACAAAUUUGGCAUUAGUUCCCCUGAGAUACUAUUGAUGGAUGACAAGGAAUUGAAUCAAUAUAUUUCCUUGAAAAAACUUGCUCCUUACCAGGAGGAGGAAUGGAAGCUUAGCAAACAAAAGAAAUACAUGCUGAAGAUGAGGGCUAAGGAGAUCCUUCGUGCAGCAAGUAUGGAUAAGAAGAAAAGUAAGAAGUCAAAGGUUGAUUCUGGCAAGAUAACUUCAUCAAACAAUGUUGUUGUGGAUGAGAAAGCAAACACAACAAGUUUGGAUAAGAAGAAAAAUAAGAAGUCAAAGGUUGAUUCUAGCAAGAUAACUUCAUCAAGCAAUGUUGUGGAGAAUGAAAAAGCAAAUGCAGCAAGUUUGGAUAAGAAGAAGAAUAAGAAGUCAAAGGUUGAUUCUGGCAAUUCAACUUCAUCAAACAAUAUUGUGGAGGAUGAAAAAGCAAACACAGAAGAAUCAAAAUCAAGGAAAGCCAAGAGAAGGGAAAAUAUGGCUAAGUUAAAGUUACCAGCGUCAAGGCUUAAAGCAUAUGGAAAGACAGCCUGAAAAUCUAUGCGUGGUGGCAAGUAGAAUUCGAUGGUUUGAGCAGUAUUCCCAUACUCUUAUAGAAGAUUGGAAAUUUGGACAUUCCAAAGGACAAUGUGCUGGCCCAAGUUUUGUGUGUGGAGAAGUUUUUGUCUUUAUAGUUUUCUCCAUUAUUAAAUGUAUAAUUAAUGUAUGGAAUUCUCAGUUAUAGUCGAACUGUGUUUGGGAUCAGCAGUUCAUUUUUGACAAAACUUGUUAUUGUAAUAUUUGUGUUUCCAAAAUUACAUUCAGAAUAGUACUGAUUUAGGCUAUUCACAAGUUAGUUGUAAUUGCAAAACAAAAAUAAGAACAAAGUGUUUUUUUUCAA